GCGCCGAUGUGUUGGGAGAGCAAUGGCGGUUGCUCAAGCAAAUCUCGAGAAAGAAACUGAGGAUUGCUCUUUGCUGCCUUUAGUUCAUGAUAUAAUCAAAUGUAUGGACAAGGACAGCCAGGAUGUUCAUCAAGAGCUGGUGAAGCUUAAAGCAAAGAUCCAGGAGGCACGGGAGCAGAUCUCUAGCAUGCCCGGGAUAGACAGCAGUCCGCAGGAGCAGCAGCAGCAGCUGGCUACGCUCCGAGAGCAGGUCCGAACCAAAAACCAGCUGCUGCAGAAAUACAAAAGUCUCUGCAUGUUUGAUGUGCCAAAGGCAUCGUGAAACUGAGAGCUGGCUUACUGCGCUGAUCGGAGGAAGCGGAAUUAAAGAAACGAGGGAGGACUUUUAUAUAUCAAUGUGGUUAACGAGGACAUGAGAGGGACGUUAAAAUGAAGGGAGAGGGGGAGGAUUUUUUCCUCCUUUGCGUUGCAGAGUAAGAUUAUUUUUGAACGUCUUGCAUUUUUUUUCUUGAAAAUUGGAAUUUGGUAUGUCUUAAUUGUAGACUUUGUACAUAUGUUUGUAUUUUUUCUUUUUGUAAUUAAAAACUUUUUAUAACGGCAGCCCAGCCUUUAUCAUAACUAUGUUGUCCUUUAUCAGUUUAAUUUAUAGAUAUUUCCCCGAAUAAACAAGUUAAAGGG